AUGUUGCUCAUCUUCUUCCUCAUCCGGGAAUUCUUACUCUUCCUGCCCGUCUUCACAGCAGGAGGCCAAGGAGGGGACACGGAGAUCACUGUGCCUCAGGGAAGCGGAGUCACCGUCCUCAUAAAGCCGGGGACCCCAGCGCUCGCCCCGAGACCCUGCCACCUCCUCUUAGCCAAGCGCCCAUUGAGUGUGCUGUUAGUGAAGCCUGGGGAGCGGACAGGCUUCACCUUCACUUGCCGGGACCCCGAGAAGCACUUCGUGCUGGAGAUCCAGAAGAACAUCGACUGCACGUCCGGUCCAUGUCCCCUGGGCGACAUCCCGCUGCAGCCCCCCGCUGCGGCGCUGCCCACCCUCAACAAGACCUUCGUGUGGGACGUGCGCGCCCGCAAGAGCGCCGGCCUAGAGCUGCGCUUCUCCGGGCCCCGCCUCAGGCAGAUCGGGCCAGGUGACCGCUGUCCUGAUGGCGUCACCCACACGGUCAGUGGCCUAGUGGGCACCACCAUCGUCAAGAUCGGCACCUUCUGCGGCAACAAUGGCACGGUGUCGCGCAUCAAGCUGCAGGAGGGGGUGAAGGUGGCCCUGCACCUCCCGUGGCUCCAGCACAGAAACACGUCCGGCUUCAGCAUCGUCAACCACACGGCCAUAAAACGCCUGUGCAUCAUCGAGUCUGUGUUCGAGGGUGAAGGCUUUGCCACCCUGAUGUCGGCCAACUACCCAGCCGGCUUCCCUGAGGACGAGCUCAUGACAUGGCAGUUCGUGGUCCCUGCACCCCUGCGGGCCAGCGUGUCCUUCCUGGACUUCAACGUGUCCAACUGUGAGCGCAAGGAGGAGCGCGUGGAGUACUACAUCCCCGGCUCAGCCACCAACCCCGAGGUGUUCCGGCUGGACGACCCGCAGCCAGGCAACAUGGCCGGGAACUUCAACCUGUCCCUGCAGGGCUGCGACCAGGACGCCCAGAGCCCGGGAGCCCUGCGGCUGCGCUUCCACGUGCUGGUGCAACACCCGCAGACUGAGAGCAAUAAAACCUACGUGGUCGACCUGAGCCAGGAGCGAACGUUGUUCCUUACCAUUGAGCCCCGGCCCAGGCUGAGCCGCAGGUUUGUCGCCGGCUGCUUCGUGUGUCUGGAGUCCCGAACCUGCAGCCCCAGCGUCACCCUGGCACCUGGCUCCAGACACAAGAUAUCCUUCCUCUGCGAUGACCUGACGCGCCUGUGGGCUGUGGCGGAGAAGACCCUAAGCUGCACCGACUACCACUACUGCCAAAGGAGGUCAUUCCCGCUGCUGGUGCCUGGGGACAUCCUCCGGCUGCCCGUGCAGCUGCGUGACUUCUCCUGGAAGCUGCUGAUGCCCAAGGACAGGCUCAGCCUGGCACUGACGCCGGUACAGAAGCUGCAGCAGCAUACCCACGAGCGGCCCUGCAAUGCCAGCUUUAGCUACGUGGUGGCCAGCGCCGGCCCGGGCCACGACCUGUACUUCGGCUCCUUCUGCGCCGGUGGCUCCAUCGAGCAGGUGCUGGUGCGGCAGAACAGCUCAGUGACACUCCGCACCUUUGCACCCAGCUUCCAGUCGGAGGUGCCGCGCCAAGGCCUGACCGUGUCCUUUCUGCCGUACUUCAAAGAGGAAGGCAUCUUCACGGUGACCCCAGACACAAAGAGCAAAGUCUACCUGAGGACCCCAAACUGGGACCGCGGCCUGCCAGCGCUCUCCUCCGUGUCCUGGAACAUCAGCGUGCCCAGCGGCCAGGAGGCCUGCCUGACCUUCUCCAAGGAGCGCACUGGUGUGGUCUGCCAGUCAGGGCGCGCCUUCAUGAUCAUCCAGGCUCAGCGCACACGGGCUGAGGAGAUCUUCAGCCUGGAGGAUGACACGCUGCCCAAGCCAAGCUUCCACCAUCACAGCUUCUGGGUCAACAUCUCCAACUGCAGCCCUGCCCACGGCAAGCAGCUGGACCUGCUCUUCUGGGUGACUCUGAGCCCAAGGACCUUAGACCUGACUGCCAUCAUUGCUGCUGUGGUGGGAGGUGGAGUCUCGCUGCUUUUCGCCCUCGGGCUCAUCAUUUGCUGUGUGAAAAAGAAGAAGAAAAAGGGGAACAAGGGCCCCGCUGUGGGCGUCUACAAUGGUAACAUCAACACCCAGAUGCCACUACAGCCCAAGAAGUUCCAGAAAGGGCGGAGGGAUAAUGACUCCCACGUGUACGCGGUCAUCGAGGACACCAUGGUUUACGGGCACCUGCUGCAGGACUCCGGCGGGUCCUUCCUACAGCCGGAGGUGGAUACCUACCGGCCCUUCCAGGGUGCCACAGGCAAGUGCCCACCCAGCCCGCCACCCAUGUGCUCCAGGGCGCCCACCACCAAGCUGGCCUCUGAGGAGCCGCCCCCUUGUUUCUCGCCCGAGCCUGAGAGUGAGCCCUACACCUUCUCCCACCCUGGCCCAGUGGCCGGCAGCCACAGGAGCACUCAGGUCCCCUUGCUGGACAGCCAGGAGCCGGGGCCACCGACAGAGUAGCUGAUCCCACCAGAGAGGUUUGGUACCCCUUCGCAAGAGGCGCCCAAGGCUUCCUAUCCAGCAAGCUCUGAAAGAGGGGUCACGGGGGAGCUGCGGGUUUCCUGGACUCCACCCGAGCCUGCCCCACACCAGACGGAUUCUGAUCCAGAUCCAGAUCUGCCAGCACAGGCUGGGGCUGCCCACUUGUCCCGGGUCACCAGAGAGGGGCCACUUCCAGGAGCCCUGGCGAGGUCCCAGCUCCCACUGGGAUGACAUGAGACAAUGGAAAUGACAAGGUGCCUUUGUAUUAUUUAUUUGGUGGCCUGCACAGUGGAGAGGUGGAAUACAUAACCACACGGCUCUUCCUGGGCGGAGUGUCGGCCCUUGCCGGCGCUUCUGCUGGCUGGGUUUUGGCUUCUACCAGUCACCAGAUAAAAACUCCCACUUGUCCCCUGUGAGGUGGGAAUGAUUUGCAACCACGGAGGAUAUGUGCAUGUGGCCACCCCAUCGCCGGACUUUAUCCCAAGUCCCCAUGGCCCUUACUGUUAAAAAGGAGAGAGCUACCCUUGAGUUGGCGACUUUCUCAGCUGCGGCUACGUUGGAUACAGAAACGGAGAUCCAGAGGAUAUCAGUGUCCUGUGGAGAGGAUGGACUGCACGCCAGAGUCACCAGCUGCGUUGGCUGCUGCGCCACGCUGCCCGGUGGCGUAGUCAGCCCGGACUGUCUGCUCACAGUUCUGGAGCUGAGAAGUCCUGAGGUGGGCUUCCCUAGGCCGACCCCGUGCACGCUGAGGGCAGCAGCACAGAGCAGCGUGUC